AUUCGGCGUCCUCCACUCCACCAGCAGUUCUUCAUUCUCCUUCUCCUAGGGUAAUCGAGCGGCAAGGCAAGAUGAUGCGCUCUCUCGUCGGCAGGGUGAAGGCCUCAGGAUUCGCGGCAUGCGGAGAAGCAAAUCGAGCCCUGCUUGUUCCAGGCCUUCGAAAUAUCGAAUCCAGUGUUGUGCCGGCCCCCUGCUGUGGAAGGCGCUUGGCUUCCAUCGAUUGCAGCCUGUUCGAAGGCCUGAUCAGCCCUGAAUACCUGUCUCUACGCCGCAGUGACCAUGUCUCCUAUGACUCGACCUUCUCUACCCGCGGCCUAUCCACCAGUGAGCGCACCAUGUUGGACAGCCAAAGCAGCCUUGAAUACCAGUCUUCCCGUCGCAGUGUCCAUGUCUCGUAUGAGUCGACCUUCUCUACCCGCAGCCUAUUCACCAGUGGUCGCAGCCUGUUGGACAGCCAGAGCAGCCUUGAAUACCAGUCUCCACGUCGCAGUGUCCAUGCCUUGUAUGAGUCGACCCGCAGCCUUUGCACCAGGUUUGAUCUCCGCCUGUUGGACAGCCAGAGCAGCCUCCAAUACUUGUCUCCACGCCACAGUGUCCAUGUCUCCUGCUCGGCAUUCUCAACCCGCGGCUUCUGCACCAGUGUCAAGGACGAACCCACCCUGUUAUGUGGCAAGGAAGGCACCAGCAAGAUUUGCGAGGGAAGCAUUUCCGAGUUUCCUCCGUGGAGAAGCACGUCGGCCCAUCCUUCAUGGCACGAGGCUUUGUCUACGUCCUCUAUGGUGGCUAAGCUCUCCAGGCUUCCACGAGUCCCUCACACGCCGCCAGAUUUCCUUGCAAAGCUGGACGCACGGAGCCUUACUAUAGAUGAUGUGAUUGCGCUGAAUCCCGUGGAGAAACAGCUACGAACUUCUCACGCUUAUAGUUUGACUCUACGUGAUGGUGUGCGGCAAGGCUUCCUUGAUUGGAAAGCCAUCGAGUGCUGUCUCUCUGCGUGGAUCCGGGCACUGACCGUAGAGUGGGAGAUCCUUGCUGAGGAAGACCACCAGCUCACACAAACGUGUUCGCUCUGCAAGCACUUUACUCUUGCUGCGCGGUACAUGGUGGAGUUCCUGGAAAUUCACCCAUUCCGCGAUGGCAAUGGUCGAGUGUCAAGAAAAGUAACGGCAAUGCUUCUCCAGGACAGCCUCGGAGGAAGAUAUGUGCGCCUCCCUGAGAACACGGACUGUACGCCAGCGAGAACUUGGAUGCUACAUUCGCUCGCGUUGUCGAGGACAAACAAGGCCAGUGUCAUUCCACUGGAGAGCGUUCCGGAGUGUGACACGACGGAUGUUGCUGCCUUCCUGGUGGACGUGGCCUAUGAGCAAUUCAUCAUUUCUUGAGGUAGUGGAAUAAAGGAGUGAGUCGAUGGAGCGCACCAUCUGAUCAAAUUCGGCUCGAGAGGUGCGAGAUGAACAAGCGGUCCUUCAAGUAUGCCUGGAAUCACCAUCGAUAUGUGAGCUGUGGAAGUUCGAGAAAAGUAGUGCUGCACUGCCAUCGAAGCUCCUGGUCUUCCAUCAAGAAAAUGGUGAGUUCUUUCUUCUUCUUGGUCCCAUGCUCUUCUUGCUUUUACUCUUGGAGUGAAGCAUGGUGCUGCUGUAACAAGGUAUGGUUUCAUAUU